AUGACAACCGCCAACGACGUGCCCGCGGCGGAGUACUUCUCCGAGUACGGCAUGAUGAGCCACCACAUGACCAUGCUCCUCGACGUCGGCCGCAUGCAGGCCUACCGCAGUGCCAUCCUCAACGACGCGGCCCACUUCAAGGACAAGGUCGUGCUCGACGUGGGCACGGGCACGGGCGUCCUCGCCAUCUGGGCCGCCGAGGCCGGCGCGCGCAGGGUCUACGCCGUCGAGCAGUCGAGCGAGGUCGCGGAGUGCGCGCGAACGAUGGCGGCGCACCACGGCGUCGCGGACGUCGUGGAGGUGCUCGAGGGCGCCAUGGAGGAGCUCAACGUCCCCGAAAAGGUCGACGUCAUCGUGUCCGAGUGGAUGGGCUACUUCCUCGUGCGGGAGUCGAUGGCAAAGUCCGUCAUCUACGCGCGCGACACGUACCUGAAACCCGGCGGCGCCAUGUACCCGUCGCACGCG